AGUUACCCGCAGACCCCGUUCGGCUCUCCCCUCUUCGAUUCGUGCGCGUGCGUCGUGAGUACGCGGGCGCGCGAGAGAGGCGGCGCGCGGUGCAGCCAGUCGCGUGAAAACGCUGAUGACAGACAGCGGCAACCGACGCGCCGGUAUUUAUCAACGCUGAGAUGACCUACCGAGCACCGAAGCGUCUUUCGCCCGCUGCUUCUGAGCGCAAAUAACCGCGGAGGAGCGAAUCCGAAGCGGCUCGGGGUCGUUGUUUCACCGCGCGGAUCGAAAGCUACGUCCAUCCAUCAGUCGCGGAGCGUGAGAUGACAAAGUGAAAGAACCUGGAGAUGUCGCAGAAGAAGAUAUUCCUAGUAUUGAUUGCAGUCAGUACGGUCAGCUUGCUUCUGCACCAUGGGGGUCACUUGAACUUGACGUUGGAGGCUUUCUGGUUGGGCUGUACAUCCUCCAGGGCCUCCCCCAACCAGGGCAGUGGCGGACCUUCUGCUAAACACACCAGUGUAGCCUUCCUUAAGACGCACAAAACAGCCAGCUCCACUGUGCAGAACAUCCUCUUCCGCUUUGCUGAACGCAACAACCUCACUGUGGCAUUGCCUAUUACCACCUGUGAUCACCAGUUCUGCUAUCCACGACCGUUCAGUGCCCACUUCGUUCACCCACACACCACACCACCUGACAUCAUCACCAACCACUUACGAUUUAGCCGGGCUGAGCUACGACGCCUCAUGCCCAACAACACAAUCUACAUCACAAUACUGCGGGAACCGGGAGCGAUGUUCGAGUCUCUGUUUACCUACUUCAAUCAGUACUGUCUUAGCUUUAAGCGUGUCCCAAAUGGCUCUUUAGAGACUUUCCUGGACCACCCUUGGAGCUACUAUCGUCCAGAAGAGAAGGAUUCAAUGUAUGCGAGAAAUACGCUGACCUUUGACCUAGGCGGUGAUAAAGAUCGACCAUCUUCAGAGGCGCCGGCAUAUGCGAAACGUUUCGCUGCGGAAAUGGAGCGAGUUUUCUCGUUGGUCAUGAUCGCGGAAUACUUUGACGAAUCCUUGGUGCUGCUCCGCCGCUUGUUGUCUUGGGAUCUCGACGACGUUCUCUACGUCAGUCUCAACAUGCGCACACCUGAUUCCAAGAGCAGCCUUUCCAGGGAAAAUACGGCCAAAAUCAGAGCAUGGAAUGCUAUAGAUUCGGCACUGUAUGAUCACUUCAACUCCUCCUUGUGGCGACAGCUCAGAGCGUUGGGACUAGCGUGCGUUGAACGGGAAGUUCAGCUUUUGCGUCAGUCUCGUGACCGACUUGUCCGCAGCUGCUUCGGAGGGCAUUUGCCACCGCUUCGCUCUGCCGCACAGAUCACGAAUAAGGAACUACGGCCUUGGCAGCCCAGUGCCAAAGUGGAAAUUGUUGGGUAUGAUUUACCAGUUAACAUGACACAAAAGGGCCAUGUUCCUCCACGAGACGAGUGUUUAAAGAUGGUAAUGCCAGAAGUGCAAUACACACGGCUGUUGCUGCGCUCAGAGUCCCUACGUUAUCGAAAGCGGUUUCCAUUACGGAGCUCCCAACAGACUUUACGAACCGUGGGACAAGUACGUGCACACAAAGGAUCCCUAGCUCCGAGUCUGAAUCCGCGACCCUCAGAGACUUUGGCUCGGAGCACCAAAGGAGCGCUACAGCUUUCCCAAUAACCAGUGUGAAAGGAUAGUUAAACUACUUUUCUUUUAUUCCCCAUUCCUUGCAGCUAAAUGUCCAUGAGAUGUUGGAAUUACUUGAAAGCUUGAGGUCAUACCUCAUUUGUAUUGGAUGUGAGCACAACCAAACGUACGCUCACGUCUAUUGUUCUGAAAGUUCUAAAAAAACAAAAUCUUUGUGUUUCUCAAAUUGAAAUGUAAAAAGGUGAAGGAAAAUAUAUAUUGAAGUCUAAAUGCCUGACAUCUGGAAUGUGUCUCAGUCUCCCAAGGACUCUCUCUCCAUAUAUAUACCAUCACUUACUGUUUGUUUUUAAGCCAUCAUUGCCCUGCUGGAAAAUCCCAAAUCAGUUUAAGUCAGUAUCUGGGGUUUUACAUGGUUUCUAGCUAGUUGAAGCUAAUCUCUUAUUCUCAUUGUUGGUCCAAGCUUGUCUAGAGGGUUAAUCGGCUGUGUUACCAGCUGCUGAUAGUCAAGCUUAAUUUGAACCACCUCAAAAGACUACAAGCUACAAACUGCUGGAUCUUGUUUUUUUCAGCAGGAUCUUUAAAAUAUCUCUUUGCUGGUAAUUGCAUCUGGCCAUUGUUAGGCUUCGUUGCAACCCUUCAUUGUUUUUUACGAACAGCGCUCUGUUUGAGCGUGAUCUUUUACACAUGCUUAUCAACAUACUGAGAGCUGCACCUGAGCCACAAAUCACCAUAAUUGACUCUUUAGUUGUGGUCCAAAAACCUAGCAUCAUGUGUCGAUGAUGAGGCAACCGUCUCAAAGGACAUUUAAAUAUUUAAUCAUUUAUUCUUCAGCCUCUCCUUGGCCAGUGCUAGGGUUACACAGCCCUGCAUUUUUAUGAGGCCGCUAUGGACCAGGCCAGAGAGGUUUACUAGAAGCCGGGAAUAGUGACAAUUCGUCUAUGUGGUCCAAAACGAGGUCAGUGAUGAAGAAUCGCUAUACGUUAUAAGCCAGAGUAAGCAUUGUGUUAGUUUCUUCUUUGUUUUUUGGGGGUAAUACAGCAGUGCAUUUACGAAUAUUUUAAGUAAUUAUAUUAUAGUCAGAAAUACAGCUCUACAUCGUUUGUUUUAAACUCUACACACAAGUAAGCAAACGCAAAAGCUUCUAGCUGUGUGAGAUUGAUUAUAAUGCCUGUGUUUGCAUACUUGCAUAGAGUAUGCUUUUGGCCUAACUUUUCUUUACCGAAGCUUCAUUUAACAAAGGUAUUGGGUGGUGACCGAGCAAAUGGUGGCCACCCUCACAAAGAGUCGUGCCAGUGGAAUGUAAAAGCAUAGUCUUUCAACUGUGUCUUUGUACUUAAAACGCCCAUCUCUUAAACCAGUGCUUUUCAACUGGUUGGCUUUUGCAACAGAGGACUGACUUUAAAAUGAAUUUACAUGAAAUUACCAUAGAGCUUGACUGGACUUGGAUCAGACCUGGAACCAACUGGUUGAGAACCACUAGUUUAGUGUGGUGUUCCCCAACCCUGUUACUGGAGGCACCCCAACGCUACACAAUUUGGUAGCAUUUUAAUUUAAGGUGUCCAUAAUACGUUGUACUUACAGAAAACAAAAUGUACUUACCAUGUGACGAAGUUAUGGAACAGUUUGUACUCACAGUUUGUAAUUAUUUAGAUGUAAUGGGCUGCUGCUGUGAAUGAGUCCGUUACACAGCUAUUUAUGCAACCAAAUGAUUGUCACUCGUGUUGCAGACUUUAUACAACAUGAUUAUAAAUUCAAGUACACAGACAUAUGCUAAACAUAUGCUACUUAAAAUAAAUUGCAUUGUGAACUUCAUGUGUAUCUAUACUGUACAACUUAUCCAGCUGCACCUUAGUUUGAUGUAACCCAUUAGUACACAGCCUAAUUACAUGUAAUACCUUUCUAAUUACAUUAAAAUGACAGAAUAUUACACAGGCAAAAGCUACUUAAAAUGAAGUGUAUCAUGAUUGUACUUAAAUAUAAGUAGCUGUGUAACUGACUGUUACAUAUGUGUAGCAGUAGCUGCCUGUUACAUGUUACAAAGUGUAAUUACAGGCGGUUCCAUAACUUAGUUACAUAAGUAAAUUUCAUUUAUUGUAAGUACAAUGGCUACUACAGAGUACCUAAUUAGGUAAUUACUCUGUAUUACGACUCCUCAAAAUGAAGUGUUACCCACACUUUUCAGUGCUUCCAGUCUUACUUUAUAGUGUCCCUAAAACAUGUGUACUUACAUGGUAACUAGGUUUGUAUUUAGUAUGUAACCACAGUGUAAUACUUGUGUAACUACAAAAAUAUAACAACCCUCAGAAUGGUAUGUGUAAGUAUGUAACAGUGUAACAAAUAUGUAACAGUCAAAUACUCGUGUAACAGGAAUACUAUAACUAAUGCUGUUUUGUAGAAGCAUUAUGUAUAAGAGUAAUUAGAACAGUUUGAUCCAGGGGAUGGAGAUGGCUAGGUGUAGGGAUAUACAAAGUGGGAGCAGUUGGAUCUUGAGGUUAAGUUAGCGCCGCAAUGUAAUAUCGGUGUACUCAUAUAGUACUCGUAUAACUUAAUAUUAAGUGUAACAUCCUGGACACCAACCACAAUUUAUAUGUAAACCCUAACAUCAGACUAAUUUCAAUGCAUUUCAGUCCAUAGGAAUUGUCUACUUAAAGUGUAACACUUUAUCAAAAAGUGUUGUUAGUGCCGUUACACAAUUGUAUUUUCAUUACUAAAGAGAGUUGUUACCUAUGUCCCGUUACACUAUUUUACUUACAAAUACCAUUCUGAGGGUUGUUACAUGUGUUGUUACACAAAUAUUGCAGCUGUAGAUACUAUAUACCAUUGCGUACUUGCACUAUGGUUACAUAUAUGUGCACAUCUAGUUACUAAGGAAGUACACAGGUGUUAGGGACACAAUAUAAAGCAGGACCGGGAUUCCUAAUCAAACACACUCUUCAAUAGAAACUCAAAGGCCUGAAAUGGUUGGGUCAGAUAAGAGACUGAUCCAGAAACAAGGUUGGGGUGAUGCAGAUUUUAGGGUACCAAAUAGGAAAUACCUCCUGAAAGAACAGCCUCUUACAGAGCAUUGUUUCAUUUGCUGUUCAAAGCCACAAGGUUGGUUUGGUUGAGGAAUACAUUUUUUUUUUUUUUUUUUUUUUUUUUUUUGACAGGAUGCAAAAUUUGCUGCUCUCUCUCACCAACUUUUCGGCAAUAACAGUUCCUCCUGAAGUGAGGUUUUCGAAACAAAAAGUCGUCCUUCAUUUGGUAACCUCUCGCUGUCGUGUUUCUUCAGACGUACUGUAUUGUAGAGAAUAGUAUCAGGAGCAAUAUAGCAAUGGUAUAAUGGAUUCACUAGUCAAAGGAAGGUACGUAGAUCAAAGCAUCACGAGCGCCUUGAAACGGUUAUUCACUCAUAAACCAACUCCUUUCUUUAAGAGCACUGGAUCAUACCUAAAGAAAUACUGUUAGUGUUUGUUGUGAACAUACUGUCUGCCGAUCUCAAAAUUAGAAAUACCUCGGAAAAUAAAUCCAAACUGUCGUUAGUGGAAGCAUCUCGGUCCUUAAAGACUGUCCAGCCAUUAGACGUGUAGAAAGUGCUCUUUGAUUGUAUAUAAUGUACUUUCUGAUGAACAUAACAUCAUUUUGAGUUCAAGAUGAAUAUUGAACGUGUGACUCGUUCUGCAUUCUCUCGGUAGAUAACACUGCUGACAGUUCAAGGUUUUUUUUGUCAUCUCUUGAGUGAUUUGCCAUAAUUUACUGCAUACAGAGAAUGGGCUGUGCAACUGGACUGCUCUUUGAUGAAGACUGUGAAGAGAGAGAUGUUCAUGCUUUUUUGCGCUGAAUGAUUAGAUGACAAUAGAUGUUUUCCCGUCCAAUUCAUUCUUUCAUACUCUAUUUAUUUAACUGCUACAUAAUCAGUGACUUUUAGGGGCUUUGAAUAAGAUGCUUCUGACAAUCAGAGGUUGGCUUCUGCGGCUGUGUAAUGAGACAUGUGAAAACAUUGACCAUUAAAGCUGGAAAAACAUC